AUGGAUAAUCACAUAAUACCUCAGCAUUCAAACAUCUUCAUAGAUGGCUUAACAUUUUUCAGCGACUUUGAUUCAGGGAAUCUUAAUCGUGCAUCUAAAGUAGGACAGAAUCAAUAUGAGCUUUGUGUUGCUGCUGACGCAGCAGAUAAGGGUUUCAACAAUUACCGAGUGUGGUUUCAUUUCGGAAUUAAAGGAUUAAGAAAAGGCAAUUUUUUUAAGCUCACGAUCAUGAAUUUAAGCAAUUUUAGACUGAUGGCAGCUCCUUCAUAUAGGCCUGUAUGAAGAUCUAUCCCAUCACAGCCUGAAUGGCAGAGAAUUCCAACAGAUUCUUCGUUUGAAGCAAGCAUCCCUUCAUGUUUCAAGCUUUCUUGGGUUUUCGAGAUGAAUUACAUGGACAAUGACCUUUAUUUUGCCUUUGCUCCACCUUAUCCUUACUGUGAAGUUGCCAAAAGCAUAAAUAGUUUUCAAGACAUUUGCCCUAUAGAUUCAAUUUUUUAUCGUGAAAUUAUUACUAGAAGUAUUGAUGGGAGAGAUGUAGAGCUUAUUACUAUUUCUAAUAGAGAAAAUUUUACUACAGAAAGAGAAGACAGACUUUACCCAGCAUUUUUAACACAAGAAGCUAGGUGCUAUAAGCCAGCAAAACCAGUUAUUUUUAUCAGUGCAAGAGUGCAUCCAGGAGAAACUCCGGGAUCGUUUAUGCUUGAUGGAUUUUUAAAAGCGUUAUUAGCUCAGGAUAGGAGAGGGUAUGUAUUGAGAAAACUUUUUGUUUUUAAAAUAAUUCCAAUAUUGAACCCUGAUGGAGUUUAUCGAGGGCAUUUCCGAGUUGAUCAGAAUGGGAACAAUUUAAACAGGUACUAUAUUAAUCCUACGCAAAAUGAGCACCCAACAAUUUUUGCAGCAAAAACAUAUGCAGAGUAUUUAAACUCUAUAUCAACAGUGGCUUUUUAUUUAGAUUUUCAUGCCCAUGUCUCGAGAAGAGGAUGCUUUUUAUUUGGAAAUUACUUACCCCCUUUCCAUGUGCGAACAAAUAAAUUUUGUUUAUUUGAUAAGAGUUAAUUUUUUUAAAUUUAUAUAUAUAUUUUAUAUCGAAAUUUAAAAAAUCGACUCGAAAGCAAACAGUAAUUUAAUAUGUAAAAUUUAUGUUUUAAAAAGAAAGCUGUUUUAAACUUCAACAGAAUUAGCUAGAAAUUUUAUCAUACUUCUUAUCACUUACAUAUCAGAAGAUUUUUCAUAAAAUUAAAAUAAUUUUUGUUCGCAAAUUACCAAAAAUAGGAAUUUUUUCAAAUGGCUUUGUUUGUCGGAGUUAGAAAUAGAACAGCAAGUAGAAAACGAACUAUUUGCAAAACUGAUGGAACUUAAUUCGCCCUUUUUUGAUUUUAGUGAAUGUGAUUUUUCUGAAAAAAGCAUGACUGCAAAAGACCCAAAAGACCAGCACUCUAAAGAAGGCUGCGGAAGAGUAGCUUUACAUAAAAGCACCGGAAUUAUAAGAUGCUACACAGUUGAAGGGCCUUAUCAUGUGGCUAGGCCUUUGCACACAAUUACACCCUUGAUAAAUAUAAAGGUGGGGAGAAGACAUCCAGAAUUACCUAUAAUAAUUAUGAAUCAGGCAAUUCUGGUUUAUAAUAGGUUCUUGUUUGAUGACUUAGGAUCCGCUAUUGCUGCAUCAAUACUUGAUACAUCUGGGUUGAAUCCACUCUCAAGAGUUCCUUCAACUGAAUAUAAAUGUAUUGAAACCUUGAAAGAAUUCAUUUCCUCAAGGAUAAACUUGCAAAGAAAAAGGCAUAAUUUAGUCACAAGAAGUUCAUCCAAGACCGAGAUGGAAAAAGUGAAUAAAUCCAACCCUAAACAAAUUUUACCUAAAGUCGCAAAUAAAGUAGCUAGAAAGCUGCCUAUUAUUUCUCCUAUUCUUUCGGAGAGAGUUGCCACAAGCUUUUCUUUGCAAAAGUCAAACCAAAAAUUGGCGACUUUGCCUCCGAGAAGGCAAACGACUACUCUUCUUAAAUACCAUAAGGCUCAAAGUUAA